AUAACACUGUGGGAAACCAGAAAAUGCCCUACUUCAUGUCUACAUUUGAAUUAGUGGAAACCUCUACAUGCAAAGAAGAAAACACCUUUAAAUGUCUCAACUGCAAGGUUUUGGCUGUUUGCGUGAAUAACAUCGCAUACCCACAUGAAUGUGACGUGGGGUACACAUGUGAAAUAAGAGAGGAUUUUGGAGGCGCCGUCUGCUACCCAGUUGGUGUCGAUACCUUCACAAACUGCACCUGCAGCGGCCGAAGUGAACUCCUCCCCGAUCCAUAUGAUCAAAGUGCCUUUCUUAAAUGUUCCCCUGGAGAAAAAAUCCCUACUGUUUACAGCUGUCAGGAAGACACGCUCUUCGAUGAAAUAACUGGCACGUGUGAAUACCCCGAGGACCACUUUGAUUGUCCAUCCUACGGAAUCUUCGCCAACCCUGAUGAUUGUUCGAAGUACUUCAGGUGUAUUCCCGUAGAAAACAAACUAAUGGCAUUUUCUGAGUACUGCGACUGUGGGCUCUCAUUCAACGACAUAACAGGACAAUGUGAAGAUGCGUGUGCCUUCCAGAAGCAAGAAUUCGUCUGUGAGAAAGAAGGCCGCUUCGCAGAUCCAUAUGACUGCGAGCAUUACUACUUGUGUAGAGACAUGACCACUGUAGGGGGAACAGGUUUAGCUCAAGUCAGGUUGAAGUGCCCAGAAGACUCCAUCUUUACCGCAACAACCGAGAAUUAUGGCUACUGUGAGUCUACUAUUCACUCCAAUCCCGUAUGUAAUGUAAUCCCAGUGCCGAGCUGCCCAGUGCCCGAGGGAAGAAACUGCAGCCACCCUACCCCAACGCCAGGGGGAGAGUGCAUUGUGAGUGCUCCGUUCUGUCUCUGCAACGCGUCUGACGGGAACCAGUAUUGUGAAGAUGGAUAUGAAGGUAAUGGACAGACGUGCCAGCCACUUCCUUCCACCAAGCCGCCCACUUCUACCACUACAACUACUGCUCCUCCUAGUACCACCUCCCCGAUUCCAGUUACUACGAUAGCAACAACAACUGCUGCUUCCACUAUCCCCACAACGAUUCUUGCUUCCACUACUGCAGCGACUUCUGCUUCUACUGUCCCGCCCACAACGACUCUUGUUUCCACUAACGCUCCUUCAACGACUUCUGCUUCUACCGUCCCGCCCACAACGAUUUCUGCUUCUACUUUCCCGCCCACAACGACUUCUGUUUCUACAACCCCGCCUACAGCAACAGCUACAAAUCCUACUACCAGUACAUAAAUUGCCUUUAACUAGUCUCCUCGAUCUCUGAUGCAGUAUCCACUGAUAUCUGAUAAAACAUGUACGACUAAAUAAUUUCCUUUACUCCACGGUAACAACAGCAGUUACUACCACCACUGUUUCCUAUACCAGUACCUCUUUUGUUUUUAUCUGCAAACUCUUUAAAUACAAGCUUAGAAUUCCAGUGGUGGAGUAACAUGCCGUACUCAUUUUCAUUGUAUAUUUGGCAUUUUCUCAAAUUUAAACCAUUUGAUCAGCUGAAAAUCCAUAAUUGGUUAGAUUUUGUAAGAUUAUCAGUAGAUCAGAAGACUGCAAAACACAAUGGAAGUGAGCAGGUAGGUACAGAGGGUUACUCGACUUCUGGCCACGACCACCACCAAAGUUAUCAACUCGUGGUUCAGGUCACGAGUAUUGCUGGUGUCAUCACUUUGGUAAAUUUCCCUGU